AUGUCAUCAUCACCACCAUCGCCGUCGCUGCCCCUUACCACCACCACCGCCGCCGCGUCAUCUCCGAUCGCCACGGGGCCGCUGGCCCUUCCAUCGGCGCCGCUGGACCUCAUCUCCGGCGCGUCCACCGGCCUGCUGCCGCCCCCCGUCACCACUAUGCCGCCAUCUUCAUCGACUCUGCCGGCCCAAUACUCCCCGGAGGCCAUGGCCGGUGUCCUCAACGACCUGGUCGUCGCGGUCCAGGGCAUCCGGCUUUACCUGGCCAGCCCGUACGGGCCGCCACCGCCGCUCCCGCCGCCCGUGCCCUCCGGACCGCCGACCCCCCCGUGGUACUCGGUGCCCGCGGCCCUCGCCAGCGCCCGCGGAGCCACCCGCGUCUGCCGCGCCCGUCCCAGCCCCAUGGCCGGUUUGGCCCGCGCCGGCUGCGCCGGUCCACACGCCAUCACCGCCACCCAGCGCCGACCUGAGUCAGGCCACUCCAGGCGGGCUCCCGAUCCAGCAGGUGCGGUUUCCACCGUCGCCCUCUCCGAUUUCGGCCUGGCUCUCUGGGAUAUCGCCACCGCCGGUUUACACGGAGGCCGGGGACCCGUCGGUGCCCACACUGCAGUCCGGGGCGCCGUCAUCCGCUCUCCGCAUCGCCGAGUCGGUGGGCACUGGCGCGACGACCCCGAUGCCACCCCGGUUCGCCCAGAUUGA